AUGCAUUUCACGUCGUCACGUUGGAUUACUGAGCAGCAGCGGCAGCGGGAAGGUUUGGCACUACGUUGCGCAGAGGAAUAUCCUUUUUGGCCCCAUGGAGUUAUGGGGCGUGAAUCCGCUUCACUCAUAAUGAACACCGUAUUCAUAGAAGAAACGGAUUUAUUUCUUUUCUUCACACUAAGACCUCUUCCUGUUCGUAGGUUGGCGCGUGAGGAGCACUGGCUCUUUGCAGACUGUGCGUGGAGCUCAUUCAAUAAAAAUCAAGCGAAAUUUUCUCAUUUAGAGAACCUCUUAACAACCGUGAACCGAGUGGUGCGAUGCUCCAAUGCAAAGGAUUCAGCGGUUGGACUGCAGAAAUCCCAUAGUUGUAAGAGCGCAUAUUCUUCUUUUGUUACUACAGGAGUUACCAAAAGGAAUCGAGCAUUUGAACUCAUGUUUCCCUCUUCCGUCACGGAGGGGCGUUCAGCGGAGGUAUUUUGGGUUGGCCGCAAUGAUAUUAUUUCACACAAACUGGCACUUUUUGAAAAUGCUGUGUGGCUUCCCCUCAAUUCUACUCCAGUGGCACCCAAAUGCCUGUACAACGCGGACCAAGUAGUAAUGCCUUAG